AUGACACCUUUUUUUCCGCAAAUCAAACGUCUUAUCAGCACCACAGAAGUCGCCCAAUUUGCAAAUCACUCUCCAGCAGCAUGUGCAGCCAGCAACAGCGGCACCAGCAACCAGCAGGUGCAGCACCACCGGCGACCAGCAGCAGCAGUGCCAGCAACCACCAGCGGCAGCGCCAGUAACCAGCAGCAACUGCGAGCAUCUGCAAGCAAGAACAAGCAAAGACACAAGCCCAUGGCAGCACGCCUCGGCAGCAGCAAGCAGCAGCAUACGCAGCGGCAGCAAGUUUCAGGUAGCAGCAAGGAACAGCGCCAGCAAGAAGCAGCAGCCGCAAACAGCAGCAACAAGCGGCUGCAGCAGCAAGCUGUAGCAGCAGCAAGCAGCAGCAAGCAGCAGCAGUAG